AUAAGGUUAUGUACAUGCAAUAGCUCGUUUAUGAAAAUUAAAGAUCAAUAAGUACAACGAUCGUUUUACAGUGUAGAGAAGCUAUGGUGUCUUAUGUUCUAGUUUUACUAUUUCUAGAGAUUUUACACGGUACUCUGACAGAGUCUCAAACAAAUCAACAGAAAUGUUCUGCGUUUAAGGCACAUAUAAUUUGGGACCACAGCAAGGACGAAAGCAGUUUUGGUACACAAAGGCAUCUCAUACUACGCCUUAUAAAUAAUACACUUGAUGGCACAAAUAUUUGUUUGGACACUGUAGACAGUCUGUUUAGGAAUACAAGACACAUUGUAAAAUCGAAAGAGAGAGAAAAAGAAUGGGUUGAUAGCAUAACAAGUAUAACUCAUAAAAUAUCCAAGCAUAAUAUCAUUUCAUUCAAAUCGUUAAAAGAAGCUAUAUCAAAAUGUGUAAAGCAAAAUGAAAUAUUAGCAGAGGAGUUAUUUUUUUGUUGUUCAUGACAACUCAAAGAUAGAUGACGAAGAAAAGGCAGCAAAGGAAUUGGAGAGAAUGAAGGUGUUCGUUGUGUACCAUGGCGCAAAGCCCUUGUCGAAGUUCUGGGCAAAUCUCGCCACAGAUAAACACCAUGUGCUGAAACUAAACGGCAACAUUGAUGGAAGUGUAGAUGACUUCUUGAAUUUAUCAUGCAAAGAUUCGAGACUGUAUUGUGAUAUCGACAUGUACUGGAAUGGCACAGGGUGUUUCAGAUGUUCGUUCAUAUGCUCACCGAUACCAUCUGAAUAUUGUCAGAUAGAGUGUCCUUAUUUCAAUCAAGUUGCCCAGGAUAUUCAGAAAUCAACUGGACUAACUGAUUUGCAUGCAUAUGUAUGUGACAAUACUACCGUCAUCACUUUUGGUCUAUUGAAAGAGAGCGAAAAAGGCAGGAAAUGGUACACUGAAAGGAGUAAUAAUACAGGUAGGUGUUAUUUAUGUUUUAGAAAGAUCCAGCACGCUCUCCUUUCAAGCAUCCAUGCUGUGUGAUUAUGAAAUGCAAUUUAUAUAUCUUCCCUUGUACACUAUAUACUAUACUUUUAGUCACUUAUAUAGUUAAUAAGGUAAUUCACUAAAUAUAAAUAUUUGGGUGGUGAUUCUUAUGAUGGCGCACCCAUGUAGACUACGUGCAUGCCAGAUUUUUUAAAGUUGUAAAACAUUUUUUCUUAAACCACCCCUGAUUCAUCAUGAUUAUGUUUGGUAGUUAAAUUAGAUCGUUUUGGGAAAAUAUAUAAAUAAAAUAAUAACCUUCUGCUCUGUCAUAAACAUUAAUCAUUUUAUUUAUUAGAUGAAUCGGUUUAGCUUAAACUUAUAUUUUAGGACAGACAUAUAAUCCAUCCCGAAUAC